GGGUCCCGCAAUGGCCGUGGUUGGCUGCGCUCCGAGCUGCCGGGUCCAGGACUGGAACUGCCAGGGCGGGUUUGCGCCCCGGAGGCUGAGGGCUGGCGCUGCUCGAGCUCUGUACGCCGGACGGCGGAUAUCCCCGGCCGGCCCCCGCGGCCCCUCAUUGUUGCCGACGGGAGUUUGGGGAGAGAACCUCUCCUGUGCCCUAAAGGACUUCCUCCUCCGAGAAGAGAGAGCGACUAGGGGGCGGAAAGAGAAGGGCCCUUUCUGCCUGUCGGGGUCGCGGCGCAGGAGGGCAGUGCCAUGCUCCUCUCCGUCCUGGCCGCGUUGUGCCUGUGGCUGCGCCUGGCGCUGGGCGUGCGCGGCGCGCCCUGCGAGGCGGUGCGCAUCCCCAUGUGCCGGCACAUGCCCUGGAACAUCACGCGGAUGCCCAACCACCUGCACCACAGCACGCAGGAGAACGCCAUCCUGGCCAUCGAGCAGUACGAGGAGCUGGUGGACGUGAACUGCAGCGCAGUGCUGCGUUUCUUCCUCUGCGCCAUGUACGCGCCCAUCUGCACUCUGGAGUUCCUGCACGACCCCAUCAAGCCGUGCAAGUCCGUGUGCCAGCGCGCGCGCGACGACUGCGAGCCCCUCAUGAAGAUGUACAACCAUAGCUGGCCAGAGAGCCUGGCCUGCGAGGAGCUGCCUGUCUAUGACCGAGGCGUGUGCAUCUCGCCUGAGGCCAUCGUCACUGACCUCCCGGACGAUGUUAAGUGGAUAGACAUCACGCCAGACAUGAUGGUACAGGAACGGCCCCUUGACAUUGACUGUAAACGCCUAAGCCCCGACAAGUGCAAGUGCAAAAAGGUGAAGCCAACCCUGGCGAAUUACCUGAGCAAAAACUACAGUUACGUCAUUCAUGCCAAAAUAAAAGCGGUGCAGAGGAGUGGCUGCAACGAAGUGACCACAGUGGUGGAUGUGAAAGAGAUCUUCAAGUCCUCUUCUCCCAUCCCUCGAACUCAAGUCCCGCUCAUUACGAAUUCUUCCUGCCAGUGUCCUCACAUCCUGCCCCAUCAGGACGUUCUCAUCAUGUGUUACGAGUGGCGCUCACGGAUGAUGCUUCUUGAAAAUUGUUUAGUUGAAAAAUGGAGAGAUCAACUGAGUAAAAGAUCCGUACAGUGGGAAGAGAGGCUGCAGGAACAGCAGAGAACAGUCCAGGACAAGAAGCAAACAGCUGGGCGCACCAGUCGUAGUAAUCCACCGAAACCAAAGGGAAAGCCGCCUGCUCCCAAACCAGCCAGCCCCAAGAAGAACAUUAAAGCUAGGAGCGCCCAAAAGAGAGCAAACCCGAAGAAAGUGUGAGCUAACUGCUUUCCAAAAUGGAGACUUCCUCUGAGGAUGAGGCCAGGCGUGGCCCAGACCGCCUGCGGAAGGCCACACACCCCUUGCCUUAACAACUGCGGUACUCUUCCUAGACACAUCUCGCAGCAUUUUUCUUAAUGAUACGCUUCAGUUUUUCUUUUUAAGCCACCACAAGCCAUAGUGGUAGGUAUGUCCUCUGGUCGGGAAGGUAUAGGAAAGCUAGUGGGAAAGCUUACUGCAUUCAGAGUAGCCUGUGUGCAUCCUCUACGAGACCUCCAUGUGGGGAAAAUGUGCUUUUGUUCUACAAUUUGACCUAAUAUGUGCAUUGUAAAAUAAAUGCCAUAUUACAAACAGAACA